UAUGCAGGGUGUCUCCUGUACAAUGUCGGCUCCUUUAUGCUCCCUGCGUUGUACAGCACUCUAGUCAAGAUCUGGAUUGCGAACAUUGACUCUACCCUGGUGGUUACAACGGAUGUCUAUACUUAUAUCGGCACUGUUGCCGAGGUACUUAACGAAGGUCUUCCUCGUGCCGUCUGGGUGACUAUCGCCGAUCAAGUUACGCGGUCAUACGAGUCUCGUCUAGAACUCGCACAUACUCUGGUCGCGUUCCAAACAGUCCUCGGUCUGAUCAUGAGCAUAAUCCUCACCAGCGCUGCCAAAGCCUUCACGGCCACCUUCAUCCCGCGCGAGGCUCGGAAAGCAAGUAUUACCUAUGUUCAGAUUAGUGCAUUCUCAGCCCUCAGCUCUGCUAUAGAAGUUGCAGUAUCCAACGCGACAAGGGCCCUGGACAAGCCCGACGUUCCUCUCGUGAUUAGUUCGGUUAAGAUUGUCGUGAACAUUAUCCUGGAUCUCCUGAUCAUUUCCAAGUUUCAUGUGGGUGGCUGGUCUCCAAAUAUUAACAUGCAGGCUGCGAUUCGUCUGGGCUGUGACAUGGUCGCGGCUCUUACUGGCUUAGCAUACUUUAUCCAGACAAUAAACCGGUCCGAAGAACGUCGCAGCUGGCACUGGAUUGGAAGAUUUCCGACGGUUUCUGCCUUCUUAACGCUUCUCAAACCAGGCUUGAUCACCUUUGUCGAGUCGGCAGUGCGAAAUGCGCUAUACCUCUGGUUGGUUGCAGGAAUCGUGACUAUGUCCGCAGACUAUGCUACAGCAUGGGGAAUAUUCACUACAAUUCGAUGGGGUUUGAUUAUGGUGCCUGUUCAGGCACUGGAGGCUACGUCUCUCGCUUUUGUGGGGCAUUUCUGGGCUAUCUUUAAGGAAAAUCAUACAGAAUGUGGGCGUUGGAGAAAACUUGCAAUGGUCACGCGACCGGCUUUUCUCUCUGCUGGUAUAGCUUUAGCUAUCGAAGUACCCCUCUGCAUCCUUCUGGCUACGGUAGGAUGCAAACCGUUUGCAUACUAUCUAAGUCAAUCCGAAAGGGUUGCUGAGAUCACGGCUCAUAUGUGGCAGACGAUAGACUGGUGUUACAUUCUAUAUGCAAUCUCGACCCAGCUUGCCACCAUACUUCUGGCCACCCGUCCAAUGUGGUAUCUCGUGCAGAGUCUCAUUUCCAAUCUUCUUUACGUCCUUCCUUGGGCAAUUGUCUGCCAAUUUGCUCACCUUGAUCCUCAUAAUGCUUGGACUUAUCAUAGCCUCGUUUUUGGAGGAAGCCUGGUAUUUACGUUCUCGGAGAUUUGUUUAAUCAUUCUUCUGUGGUUUUGGAGAUCUCGAUAA